AUGCCCAGUGUUACUAAUGAUUACCAACUAGGCAGUAUUUUUUGGGCAAAAGUUGGUUCACACCCUUGGUGGCCAUGCAUGAUUUACUACGCUCCUAAUGGAGAUGAUUAUGUUAAAGAGAAAGGUCGGUCAGUCACAUAUCAUGUUCAGUUCCUUGGGCCCUUGGUGGAAAGAGCAUGGGUAUCUGCAGUCAAUCUUAUUCCAUUUGAGGGUAAGAAAGCUUUUGAUGAAUAUGUUGAAGAAAAGUUACGUUCCUGUAAAGACAGAUCUGAAAGAGUCAAGUAUGACAGCAAGUCCGUUUCAAGUAGUCGUGAGUUCUGGACACAGUCUUGGAAAGAAGCCGAAGAAGCAAUGAAACUUACACUUGAUGAAAGGAUUGAGAAGUUUGGCCGAAUCUCCGUCAAACUAAAAUCCCGAAGAUUUGACAAAGCUGAAGAAGGACAAACCUUGCAAGUGAUGAGUACUAUCCCGCUAACUGUUGAAGAAGAAGCUGAGUCGCUAGCUAAUUUUCUCAAGGAUGAAAUGGGCGUACGCAUCGAAAUUAGUCCUGAAUUGGAUAGAAAGUGCCUUGAAGAGGAAUUACGAACACUGUGGCCCACACUUGAUAUUCCCACAAAACGGAGAUACCUGCAGGACCAGCUUAGUAUAUUUAAUGACUCUUUACAACGUUUAGAAAAGACUCGUAAGUGUAAAGAAGUCGCAGCUAGUAAAGCCCUUGAAUCUGCCGCAAAGUCUGCAGAAAAUCGAAAUUCUAAAUCUAGCAGAAAAUCCGAAGUGAAAAAACGACAACAACAACAAACAUCAGAACCACAAGAAUUUGAUGUUGAAAUCCACCGGUUAAUUGUUUCACCAGCACAGUAUCGCCUACAACCAGUUUGUCCUGUAUGCGAAGUCUACUCUGUUAUCCCUGGUGAAAUGUCACAGUGUCGUGGUCCAUGCGGUAGAAUUGUACAUAUAAAAUGUAUGAAGUAUAAAAGUCCACCUCCAUCAGACAAUAAUCGUCCUGAAAGAUUUCGCUGCCCACAAUGUCUUAGUGGUGAAUUCUUGUGUUCAAUAUGCGGCAAACCAGAUGAAACGGGAACUAAGAAUGGUGUCGGUCAGCUGUUUGCGUGUCAGGUUGUUAAUUGUGGUAGACAUUUUCAUCGUGAAUGCUUAUCCGGUUGGCCUGGUGCAAUGACAAGACCAGAGUCUUCAUCUACUCGACCAGGAGGUUUUCAAAUUCUUCGUUGUCCUGCUCAUACGUGUAACACGUGUGUUUUGGAGUCGAAUGAAACUAAUCAUCAUAAAACAAAAAGAUCAACUUCUAAUGAAGGACCAUUUUUAGAAUGUGUUCGAUGUCCAGCAGUAUUUCAUACCGGUGAUUUGUGUACACCAGCUGGUUCAGUUGAAGUUUCGCUAUCGCAUAUUGUCUGUCCUAGACACUUUGAUGACUCGCUGCAAUUGUUACCAAAUUUUAAAACACAACAUCCGAAUUGGUGCUUCCAUUGUUUUCGCCCAUCAGGAGAACGUAUUGACUGUUACUACUGUCCAACUACCUAUCACAAAGAUUGUCUACAGCCUUCCUUUGGAACUUUCACUGAUGACAAAUUUGUGUGCCGAUCUUGUCGACAGGGUGUAUUCCCAAGAUAUGCUCAAAUUAUUUGGGCAAAAAUAGCACGUUUUCGUUGGUGGCCGUGUGAAAUAAUCCACGCGCGAAAUGCUCCUAUCAAUAUCUUGAAUAUGUCACAUCCAGAAGGUUCAUUUCCAGUGCAUUUUCUUGCCUCUGAAGAAUACCAAUGGCUCAAUCGUGGUCGUGUAUUUCCUUAUGAAAUUGGCUUACAAACUCCAGCAGCUAAAGAUACGCAUAGUUCAAGUAAAAUUGAAGCAGCUUUUUCACGAUCAUUACAUCGUGCCCCGAAAGCCCAUGCAAUCUAUGUGAAUCAUGUCCUACGCCGUGGUUUACCAUUGAAAUCAAUGCAUGCUGAACAAUUACCCGAGAAUGAAUUACUCCCCUUAGAGGCAUUCAAUAUACGUUCAAAAAUCAAUUUGAAAGGAAAUACAAAAGAAGAAGAUAAUCAAUUAGCAAGUGUCCUAAAGAGUAUUACACUAAUUAAAAGUAAUACUUAUUCUAAUGAAUGUUUAUUAAAACUUGAAGAUAUAAAAACAGUGUAUGAAUCACUUCCUGUAUGCUCGUGUAAAUCUUCUUCUAAACUGGGUGCUGGAGAUGACGAUAAUCAUGAUGAUGGUGAUGAUGAUGAAUUUUAUGACAAUUCAAACAAAGUCUCAUGCUCAACUAGUCAUCAAUGUCAUCAUUUCUUGAACAAAUAUGAAUGCACCUCAAAGAUUUGUUCAUUUCCAGACAGUGUAAAUUGCGGGAAUCGACGAUUUGCCCAACUGAAUUCAAUGUCUACCGAUAGACAUAAGAAUAUAUUUAGUGUUAUGCGUACUGUUAAUCGUGGAUAUGGUUUAAAGUCUUUAAUGUCAUUUAAAAAAGGCGAUUUAGUUACCGAAUAUACCGGUGAAGUCAUUGACGUAUCCGAAGCGAAUCGUCGAAUUUUAGACGCUCUCGGUGGACACAAUGCCUUGUCCAGUAUAACUUCAUCACGUAAAGAUUUUCAUCCAGUCAGUGAAACUUACCUAGCACGGCUUAGUCCACGUAUGGAUUUAAUAUUAGACGCUAAAAAUCAAGGCAGUUUAAGCAGAUUUAUUAAUCAUGCAUGUGAACCAAAUUUAUACGCUGAAUGUUGGAUAGUUGAUGGACAUCCACGACUUGGACUUUUCGCCAAUCGACCUAUUAAAGCUAAUGAAGAGCUGACAAUCAAUUAUAUUACUAAUCAAUUUCUAUCAACUGGUCUAAUGGCUUUCACUAGUCUGUGUUUAUGCGGUGCAGAUACUUGUGUUAGUACACCGCGUUUACCAACUUCAUUUAAGUUGUCUAGUGAAGAAAUAGUCAAUGGUGAUGAUAAUAAUGUCGGUUACAAUACUCCUGCUGCUGCUGCUUCUGCUGUUGUUGUUCCACAAACACCCAUAUCAACGGAUAAAAGAAAAUCUAUCAAAAAAAUUGAUGAGGCGGAUUCUUUUUCACCAACAAAAUAUGAACUGCCAGAAGCAGAACUAACAGCCACUCCAAUUAUAUCAGCAGCUGUCUCACUGUCUACACGUCGUUCACGUUCACACGGUGGUAGUCGUCGUUAUCUAUCUCAAAUAAAACCGGCAGGAAUAGCUGCCUGUGUUGCUGCAACAUCCGUGAAUAGAAAUAAUGCAGAUCAACUAAGUUAUCUUGUUGGUCUUGGUCCACCACUUUCUGAAGAUUUUUGUUACAGAUGUGGAGAUGGUGGCCAGUUAGUAUUAUGCGAUAAAUCCAGUUGUUCUAAAGCCUAUCAUGUCCGAUGUCUUGGUUUAUCAGUACCACCAUUAGGUAUAUGGUAUUGUCCAUGGCAUUAUUGUGAUGUCUGUGGGAAGCCAUCCACUCAUUUAUGCUGGCGUUGUCCUAAUUCUUAUUGUUUAAAACAUGCUGAUGAAAAUUGUAUACAAGUUGACAGUAUAGAUAAAGAACGUUGGAAUUCCGUGAAAGAUAAUUCCUUAGUAUUCAAUGUUCGAUGGAUAUGCUCAGAUCAUACUGGUAUGCAAAUUAAUGGUCCACAGCAUAGACCGGUGUUAAUAUCUGCAACUGCGCAUACUAUUACUACUACUACUACGACUACUUUUUGUAGUAGUAUAAAUGGUGAUAAUAAUGUUGAUGAGAGUAAUAUAAAAGUGAGAACGAAAAAAAGUGAAAUAAUUGAAAACACCGUUACUCCUGUUACUGAUGAAGAUAAUAAUAAGAAUAAUAGUCAACUGCAAGAACAACAUGGUGAUAGAAAUCACGAUGGUGAUGACGACUCUACACCUCCACUAACUUGUCCUAUUAUCAAUAAUCAUAAUAAUAAAAAGGAAGAAGAAGAAGAACAAGGGACGAUGAGGCGGAGGACGGGGAGGGAGACGAUGACGACGAAGAAAUGA